UGGAGUGUCCCACAAGAGCAUGGAGGGUUCCCCAGCACGCUCAGCAGCAGACCUAUUUCAGAUGAUUGGCCAGGGUACAGUUUGGAUUUAUUCACUUAUCCACAGCACUAUUAUGGAGAUCUGGAAUAUGUGCUCAUACCUCAUGGUAUUAUUGUUGACAGGACAGAGCGCCUGGCCAAAGACAUCACCCAAGACAUUGGAGACAAUGACAUCGUGGUUCUUUGCGUCCUUAAAGGUGGCUACAAGUUCUGUGCUGACCUUGUAGAGCACAUUAAGAAUCUCAGUAGAAAUUCAGAACGGUUCAUCUCCAUGAAAGUUGAUUUUGUUAGACUGAAGAGUUACCAUAACGAUAAGUCUAUGGAAGAUAUGCAGAUAAUGGGAGAAGAUGAUCUUUCAGACUUGAGGGGAAAGAAUGUCCUGAUUGUGGAGGAUAUUAUUGGAACAGGAAGGACUAUGAAGGCUCUGCUUAAUAACAUAGAAAAAUGUGAGCCAAAAAUGAUCAAGGUAGCAAGUUUGUUGGUGAAAAGAACAUCUCAGCCCGAUGGGUUCAGACCUGACUAUUAUGGUUUUGAAAUCCCUGAUAUAUUUGUGGUAGGCUAUGCCUUAGACUACAAUGAGUAUUUCAGAGAUCUAAACCACAUAUGUGUCAUCAAUGACCAGGGCAAAGCAAAAUACAGAGUCUGAAUUAACACCUUUCUACUCUGAAGAUUUGUAAAUACAGUGAACCAGGAUUUUAAGUACAUUCCUUGAAUCAUCUCCCUGAAGACAAAUUCAGCAGUCCUAUGUCUUACCCAACUUGGUAUAAAAAGUGUUUUACUGUAGGGAUAUUGACUGAUAUUCAAAAGUGAAUGUUUCUAUCUAAAUGCAAAAUACAGAGCUUUUUGAAUUAUUGUAGAUUUUAAAAUAUUAAAAUUACAAUAUGCUGUCUCUUUGGACUAAUAAGUUAUCUGCCUCCACACUCAUUGUGAAUAACUUUCCUACAUUUAGUAAGUCAUUCUAAACCACCUGUCAGUUUUACAGUUAAUAUACCUUUCAGUGUUGCAUAUAGUUGCUCAAACAUUACAUUCUGUGUUCUAAAUCUUUUUCUAAUAUUACAGAAAUGUGUUAAUCAGACAUUUAAGCAUCACUUUAGUCCAGGUCAAAUCUGACACAACUGAAUUUGAAAUAUUGUUCACUUUUAAUUCUGUGUUACUAUGCUUCACAUGAAGUUUUAUAUCAAUGGAUUUAUUGAAGGCGAUUAUCAUCUACUCCUUUAUAAUCUUUUGAACUGAAUAAUACACUGAAUCUGAAUGAUGAUAUGAAAUGAACCUUUAUGAGACGCUCUUGAUUUAAACUGUCAAGAUGUGGGACUGAUGAUAUGUCAUGUAUGCAUGGAUCUACUCAACUGCAUUUAAUACACUGAAUUUUAAUUAGAUGAAUUGUAAUUAGAAGAAAACAAUGGCAGAAAGGCUUCAGUUUCUCAACUGCAUCUUUUUAUUUGUGUAGGUCAUAAAAAAGUGACAGAAUUAACGUAAUGUUCUCAAGUGCAUAUUUCAAUCAUUAAACAAAAUCAACCACAAAA